AUGAACAAUCGGGAAGUAAUAGAGCGCGUCCAAUCAGGAUAUCGGAUGGCCAAGCCUCCGCGCUGUCCUGAUGAGCUGUACAAGGCAAUGCUACACUGUUGGAACAAAGAUCCCGACCACCGACCUACAUUUGACUUCCUCCAUCACUUCUUUGACGAUUUCCAAGUGUCUUCAGAGGUGCCUUAUCGCGACAUUCAUGAUUAA